AUGAGAUCGGCCCGCAGCGACGACAAGAAGCGGAAACCUUCGCGGGACUUUCCAGCCCACGCUCAGGUGCCCGUGGGCAAAGUCCUUCCGAGCGGCGGCACGUCGUCGUCGUGCUCCUCCACUAAAGGACGGGUCGAGCUCAAUGCAGUGGCACCUGCAGCAGUCCCGCGCAUGCGCGACCCGUUCCACAUCCUCAAUCAUGACGAGAGCAAUGAGCUGCGGUCCACGGGCAAACGCUCGACGCGCGCGGACUCCGUGUUGUCCGUGAGCUCGAGGUCGUCGUUGCUGUCGCUCGACGACUCGUUCCAGUUCUCAGGCGGCGACGAGGACGAAGACGGUGCGUCGAAACUGCCCAAGAACCAGCGACCGGUACAGCCAGUGGACGAACGCGAAUACUUUGAACGGAUGUGGGCCGAGAACUUUAAGAACUCGGAGGCGCAGGUCAGCAGCACGACAGGAUACUUGCCCGUAGGUGCAGCCGGUCGCCUGAACCGCAUCAAAAGCUUUUCGUUUGCGCGGGAACCUGUGUCGCACAAGUUGUACGCAGUGUUUCGACUGGAGAUCGAGUGCAUCGUGAGUGAGAAGCAGUGGACGAUUUAUCGCCGAUUCCACGACUUUAAGCAGCUCGCACAUCAGUUGAAAAAUGAAUCAGUCCGUGUUUCAGCGGUUCCCACAAAGACGUUGAUGCGCUCGUUGGACCCAAGCUUUUUGCGUAAGCGCCAGCUGGAGUUGGACAGGUGGCUGCGAGAAGUGCUGAUGCUAAUUAGUCUCGAGAACUGCAAAGUUGACACGGACCGAUAUACCGAGUGCUGUGGAAACCGCGGAUUCCACGCAAGUGUGCGUCUCAUCCGCCACUUUCUUACACACAAGGCGAACGAGCCGCCAGUGUUUGAGGAGUCGUCAUUGUCGUCUAGUUCCCAUGUGCCAUCGAAUUCGUCCAGUGGGUUCUCUUCUUCGAGUUCGGGUUCUGGGCGACCCCCGCUGUUAAGUACGUCGGAGCGUAAGACUGGUUCAGAGCCGAUGUUGCACGAGGCGGAAGAAGGUAGUGGCAUUUCACGUGGACGUAAAACUCGCGUUGGGUCAGCUGGUCAAGUUGGUGCAAAUUCGUUUGGCAGCAGAGUUCGUGUAAACUCUGCUGACAUGGCUAGAUGUUGUGAUAGAAAAACGAAUGCUGCCUCGAUGGAGUACCGUGAGCUGCAGUCACGCGGUGAAAGGCCGCAUGGGAAAUUGUCACCGAAAGAAGAACCGAUGGACGGUCGUCAAAAUGUACCGUUUGACGCUCUUACAUCAACUGAAGAGCGGCGGAGCGUGAUUCUUCAGGAUGCGGACGACGAUAAUGAAGCGUUUGAGCUCGAGCAUAGCUCCAGGCGGCAAAGUAGUAAGGUGUCGCUGAAGGAGUUCGACGUGCUGAGGAUGAUUGGAAAGGGGUCGUUUGGUAAGGUGCUGCUUGUCCGGAAGGAGCACACGUCAGAGCUGUUCGCCGUCAAGAUACUGAGGAAGCAGGCGAUUGUGAAAAAGCAGCAAGUGGAACACACACGGACCGAGCGUCGCGUUUUAGCCUCCAUAUCGCACCCGUUUGUUGUAUGUUUGCACUACGCCUUCCAAACAAAGGACAAGCUGUAUUUCGUACUCGAUUACUGUCCAGGUGGAGACUUGUUCUUUCACCUAAGUCGAUGCGGAUGCUUCCCUGAGGCUAUGGCGAAGUUUUACGCCGCCGAGAUUGUGUUGGCACUGAUUCAUUUGCACGAGCAGGGCAUUGUUUAUCGAGAUCUCAAACCGGAGAACAUAAUGCUGGACGUAGAUGGUCAUGUGAAACUUGCUGAUUUCGGGUUGGCGAAAGAAGGUAUCAAUAGCGAACUUAGUGGGACGUACACCAUGUGUGGGACGCCCGAGUACUUGCCACCCGAGAUCCUUAACCGUGUUGGCCAUGGCACAGCUGUGGACUGGUGGAAUUUGGGUAUGGUGCUUUACGAGAUGCUGACUGGACGGCCACCGUGGUAUACACAAGAUCGACAGGAGCUGUUUCACCGCCUUCGUGGUGCUGAGCUCCAGUUUCCGCAGGGACUAACUCCGGAGGCUAUGAAUCUGAUCGAAGGCCUACUCACACGCGAUCCGGCCAAGCGUCUCGGCGCUAUUGAUGUCCGUGAGAUUACCUACCACCCAUUCUUUGCGGAGAUUGACUGGAGUUUGCUGUACAACCGCCAGGUGCAGCCGCUAUAUCGCCCAUGCCAGUACACGGAUCCAAUCGAUGCAGCUAAUUUUGAGGAGGAGUUUACGAAGCUACCGCUCGCCCAAAUCGACAGUGCAGGUCUUAGCGUACCAAGCGACAAUAUGCCAGAAAAGAGUGACGACGGCAGGGAUUCUAUGACUGACUCGGCAAACUACUCGGCCAUUGCUGCCGCAACCGCGGAAAUUAGAGCAAGUAUGUGCAAUGGCGCUGCUCACAAUACGGGGGCGAGCAUAAGCAGCACGGAGCGCAACAGCACGCUACGCAACCUCUCGUACACUUUUGCCGGCUUCACUUACGACGGCACCAAUUCUUCCCUCGCGCGGUCCGACAAUCUCACAUCCGACGGUGUACAGUAA